GCGGAAUGACCGAAACUCGGAUGUCAGUGCAGAGCGAGCUACCCUGAGCUUGCCGAUAACCCGCCGAGAUGGGUUCGCUACGCGCGCACAUCGCGCUUCUCUUGAUCGGCUACGGGUUCUUGUGCGUUUUCGUGGACCGCGGCGAGGCCCAAGGCGGUCCGGGCGGACAGAGUUUGGGCCAGAAUCAAGGUCAACAACAGGGGGGUCCACAGAAUAUGGGAACCUCUGCAAACGGGUUCCACCAGCGGUACCUGCCGUUCCAGGCGGCGCCGACGUGCAUCGUCCCUUUGGGCGUCAACGCCAAGGACAUCCGGGGCCCGAACCACGAGUACAUCAUGAACGACGACCCGUGCGUCAAGUACCGCGACAACCUCUACUCCAAGAAGAACCGACAGCGGCGGCUGGACUGCCGCAAGGCCGCCGACCGGAUGUGGGCGGCCGUGAGCAAGGCCAAGCUCAACUGCCUCGACAUCUACCACGGGCAGUGCAUCCGCAACGACGCCACCGGCAUGGGCGCCUGCUACGUGCUCGUCCGCCGGGCCCGCUACCCCAACUCCUUCUUCCUCGUCCUCCUCGACAGCUACUGCAAGAGGCUCCGGCUACAGGCCUCCAACAACAUCGACCCCCCCGUCAACGCUAGCAACGCCGUCAACCCCGACGAUAACACCGACGCUGGCGACGAUGAUUACUGAGGGCCGGAUACACCUGUGCCUGAUUGUUGAAAUUUUUUGUUUAUCCGGUAGACAUAGGUGACAUACAUGUGUUAAAAGGCGGAGCGUGAUUGGUCGGCUAUGUCUUAUCGCUGCAUUAUCGUGCCUAUGUCGGGUGGAACUCUCGACAAGUUAAAGGCACCUCUGAAGUUUCCGACAUUAUGCCGUCUAUUCCACCUGACAAAGGCACGAUAAAGCAGCGAUAAGACAUAGCCGAUUUCCACACAACCGUGCUUAUUUCAAUCAACACGCUGUUUUCAUUAAUAUUACUCAUCAAUCUAGAUAACUCUCGACCGCCAUCUUGGUCAUCAUUUUGAUCGGAAUUUGACAGAAAUUUGAGCGUGAAAGCAGGCCAUAAGCGAGUUGCUACUUGGCUACGAAGAUUGCCGAACACGGCUGAAGGACUACUCGCCGCUUAAAACGCGCGUCUAGCUCGCAAAUGUAUCUGCCUCUUUAACCUUCGGUGAAUCAAGAACAAAGGGAAAUCCAGAGCAGCAGUUUGAUUAUGGGUCACGUGGCACAUUCUCCUUUCACGAGUCCUCUCUGAAUGGCCGAUCCGCUUGGUGGCCACUUUCCAGGGUCCUGAUGGUAUACAAUACGGGAUACAUUUUUCAUCGAGAAUAUCUUGAAAAAAGGAACGAUUAAUACGUCGGAAAUAAUAGAAAUCAAUGCUCAAUAAUUUUCUGAAGAGAUUCACGGGCAAUAAAUGACACUUUCUGCUCAAACACACCAAACAGUUCGACCGGAAAUUUUGUUGGAUUACAAGACCAAGUUUCCCAUUCCAAAUCGAAAAAAAAAAUCCAUUCCCAGGUCGAACUGUUUGGUGUGUUAGAGAAUUACACGCUAUGAACUACCCAAGAAUCUCCUCUUAAAAACAUGGAGAAUCAGUUUCUGUAACCUCCGACGCAUAAAUCUUUCCUAACUCGAGGUAUUUUCGACGAAAAAUUAACCCCGUGUUAUUUCCUGUAAGGGCACCAAAAAGUGGGCACCAGGCGGAUCAGCCAAUCAGCGACGACUCGUAAGGUUAGGGUGUGCCACUCGACCCCGCAAAUCAAAUUCCUGAUUUUGUAUUCUCUUUGGUGUCCAGAAAGUCCAUAAGGUUACUACAGAGAAAACGUCAUUGUAACAUAAAAUCCUCAGACACUAAGUUUAAGGACCUCGCACACUAAGAUUAAUGAAAUUAGUAAAUUUUUCUGUAAGCUGCAUCCCAGUUUGAUAGAGUUUCCUUUGCAUUAAAAUAAAGUCAUUGUGAUCUGGAAAAAAACACUGCCUCCAAAAUAGGCAGACUAAAAACCUACACCGCUCGGGCUAUCUGUGUUGCCACGAGCUCCUUGUUCCCUCUCGGCUGAAAUGUUCGAGGAAAUUUUUGAUCGUUACGGCUUUUUUGUUGUUUUAACAACGGUCAAUAAUUUAUAUUUUUACGAGAAAAAAGUGGUAUCUACCUAUUAUAAUGAUACUUGGCACUGGGAAGGAAACAAAUUAAUUUUCGCUCCUUUUACGCGAUAAAACUAAAUUGAAAUUAUGACAGGAUUCGAUUCGCAGGUUCAAUAAAAGCAAUUUUCAUCUAAAAGAAUUGGGCUGUAAACGGGCACUCGGCGUCCAGAAUCAUGUAAAUAUAAUUAAAUAUAAUCUUCACACACCAUUUAGCGCAAAUUUACACGAUAAACGUUGUAGCCGAAAAAUUCACGCACGACUUGAGUGGUUAUCCAAAACAUUUCAUUAUGUGUACCGACCAUUCGUGUUCUUGAUGUAUUUUGUGGCGCUUGCAGUGUAGCUCAGAAUUUACUUUGGUCUCUGUGCCAUUGUUUAAAUUUUAAAUCUAAUGCAUGCGUCUAAUUAAUCUAAUGAUUUUGUAUUCUUAAAUAUCUCGGAUUUGAUAAUGUAUAAAUAUAACAUUAUUAAGCGAACAUAGUAUGAAUUAUAUCUAUUACACUUGUGACGGUAUUUUAGUCCGGCUGCUGUGCAUUUCCAAUCAAAAGGGCUUCGAAUAAAAUAUAAUUUUUGAACGA